AUGGCCUGCCAGUCACGCACUCUCUCCGACGAAUCAGAGAGAGCCAGCAGUGGCAUGCCAGACAUGUCACCGAUGCGCCAGGCAAACCUCGCAGGCCAAGCUGAGCCAGCGGGGCGCCAGUGGUCACUGGAGAGGGGUUAUGUUUACAAAGUAGUGGAGGAGGUGGACCAGCUGCUCAUCAAACAGAAGGUUGAAGUAGUUGAAGCCCUCGUCGGUUUCGAGAGCAACAACAAGUAUGAAGUCCGUAACGCCAUGGGCCAGAACGUGUUCUACGCCGUGGAGGAGAACGACUGCCUGAGUCGACAGUGCUGCGGCCCCGUGCGCUCCUUCAACAUCCACGUGCUUGACAACUUCGGCCAGGAGGUCAUCACCGUCACCAGACCACUGAAGUGCAUGUCCUGCUUCUUCCCUUGCUGUUUGCAGGAGCUGGAGGUGCAGUCCCCCCCUGGGAACACAGUGGGGUACGUUGUACAACAGUGGCAUCCGUUCUCCCCUAAAUUCCUGGUUACGGACGAACACUGCGAGCCUGUGCUGAAGAUCCAUGGGCCCUUCUGUGGAUGGAGCUGCCUCCCAGAUGUUGACUUUGAGAUUCUCACCAUGGAUGAAGUCAGUAAAAUCGGGAAGAUCAGUAAACAGUGGACGGGACUUCUGCGGGAAAUGUUCACGGAUGCAGACAACUUUGGAAUCCAGUUCCCCAUGGACCUGGACGUGAAGAUCAAGGCUGUGAUGAUCGGCGCGUGUUUCCUCAUCGACUUCAUGUUCUUUGAGACGAACAACUAGGGGCCGAGCAGGAUUUCCGAGAAAGCGUUCAACAUUCCUGGAAGAGCAAGGCCAUAAAGCCGUGAUGAUCAGCACCGAGAGCCCUGACACGGAGCAACCUGUCUGACCGAAAGUAAAGAAAGUACUGAGAGGUGUCCAAGUGUUUUCAUUUUGCAUGA